AUGAUACCCACGCUUGUCACUGCUUUGCUUGCGGGUGGCAGCUUUGCCUACGCUGCCCCUGAAGAAUACGACUAUGUCAUUGUCGGAUCUGGUCCAGGUGGAGGUCCCCUAGCAGCCAAUCUGGCAUCAAGUGGAGCUUCCGUCUUCCUAAUCGAAGCUGGAGGCGAUAAUUCGAGGGACAUCGCUCAGGCAUUGCCAGCGCGUCAGGCUUUCUCUGCUGAGAACGCUCCACACUCGUGGCAGUACUUUGUCGAGCACUACGGAAACAACGAGACGCAGGCUCGGCGCGACUGGAAGUACACCUAUCGCCAGACCAAUGGAAGUCUCUACACUGGAUUGGAUCCGCCAGCGGGCGCUACACCUCUAGGUAACAUGUAUCCAAGAGGUGCGACUCUAGGUGGUAGUGCCCAAGUCAACGCCAUGAACCUUGCAUGGGCCCCCGACAACGAAUGGGAUUACAUCGCCGAGCUCACGGGCGACUCCACCUGGGGCCAUGAGAACAUGCGUCGACUUUUCAUGGAGAUGGAGAAUUGCACUUACGUGCCCCACGGAACUCCAGGCCAUGGCUUCGACGGGUUUCUUCAGACUACUAUUUCCAAUCACGACAGGGAUAUGAUGAACCCUGGCAUCGCCAGUUUUUUCUCCGAGAUGUUUCGCGUCGUGGAGGGGAUUGAGGUCAGCGCUAACGACACGGCGGAAAUGGCGAGACUCAUCGCCCGUGAUGUCAAUGGUAUUGAGAGCGACCGUUACGAAUCAAAGAUCUCUGGACGCAUGAAUGCGAUCAAUCCUUCUUCCGGCAACAGAAGUGGUGUUGCUGACCACCUCAACAACAUCGUCGCCGGAGGACACCCAUUGACCAUCAGUUUGAACUCUCUUGCCCAGAAGGUUCUUUUCGAGGACUGCGAGGGCACCCCCAAAGCCAUCGGCGUUGAAUAUCAGGUUGGUGAGGGACUCUACUCCGCUGGCCAACAAUACGACGAGUCUCAAACUGGAGAAGUCAAGACCGUGCGCGCAAAGAAGGAGGUUAUUCUUUCAGCAGGUACCUUUAACACGCCACAAAUCUUAAAGCUCAGCGGUGUCGGGCCCCGCGAUGAAUUGGAAGAGCACAACAUCCCUAUCGUCGCUGAACUCCCUGCAGUGGGAAACUUCAUGCAAGACAACUACGAAGCCCCCCUCAUAAUCCGCGCCUCGGAGCCCUGGAUCGUAAAUACAUCCUCCCCAUGCACAAACACCUUCAACGCCUCGGACCCCUGCUUCCUCCUCUGGCAAAACAACGGCACAGGACCCUACACCUCAGGUGGCGGAUUCUACUUUACAGCUCGCAGCUCUCAAUCCUGGGACAACGAUUCCGACCUCUUCUUCCUGGGCGCGCCCGGCCGCUCCCGCAGCGGUUUCUUCCCCGGAUACUCCAACGGCACCGUCGAGCCAAACUACUGGGCCACAUCCAUGAUCAAAAUGCAAACCAGCAACGCCGCGGGUACCGUCAAGCUCCUCUCCACAGACCCACGUAUCGCACCCGCCAUCAACUUCAACUACUUUGCUGAAAACGCCGACCGCGAUUUACAAGCGCUUACCGAGGCCGCAGAGAUGCUGCUUGCCGGGUACGACGGUACGGGGAUCCCGUACGAGCUUAUUACACCUAGUCGCGAUAACAUGCGCCAGGGCAUCUUGGACGAGUCGUUCAGCCACCACGCUACGUCCACGUGCCGCAUGGGACCCGACAGCGCGACGGUCGAGGAGGCGUGCGUCGAUACCAAGUUUAGGGUCAAGGGGAUCAAGAGUUUGAGGGUUGUCGAUGCCAGUGUGUGGCCUCGUGUGCCUGGAGCUUUCCCCAACGGGCCUACGUUCACUAUGAGCAUGAAGGCUUCUGAGGUUAUUCUUGGGCUGGAGUAG